AUGGCGGCGGCGGUGAGCGCCGCCGCGCCGCGCGAGGGCGCCGCGCCGCCCGCGAGCGGGGCCGCCGCCGCCGGCGCGGGGGCCGCUCCGCCGGCCGCUGGGCCGCUGGCGCGGCGCGCGGAAUCGGAGGCCGCGCCCGCGGCGACGGACUGCGCCUCCCCGUCGCACUCGGUGUUCUCCGCGGGCGGCCGCGGCGCGCUGCCCUCCGCCUCCUGCACCCUGCGGACCGCGCUGGGCGGCGAGGGCCGGGCGGGGGCCGACGGCGAGCAGUACGAGGAGACGCGCUCCGAGCGCCCCCGGCCCGCGCAGGAGCUCGACGCGGCAGGGGCCGAGCUCGACCGCGUCCUGGGCGUGAGCGGCUCCGUGUGCGCGCUGCGCGAGCGUGCGCGGCCGUCGGGACCGCGCGCGGCCGCGGAGGGUCGCACCGCCGUCGGAGACGCCAGACUGUUGACGCUCGAGGGGUUCAUGGAGAGCUUCUGGGAGCUCCUCUGGGGCGUGCAGAGAGAGUUCUGCCAGGCCAUUGCCCGGAAGCCCGCGAGGCGGCGCGAGGACCCCCGGGACGUCUACGACUUCGAGAGGACGCUUGGCUCCGGCACCUACGGGGAGGUGAGGCUGGCACGCGACAAGGCCACUGGCGCCAGGAGGGCCAUCAAGCGGGUCGGCCGCCAGUUCUGCGGCGCCUCGGACAAGCUCGACGAGGAGUUGGAGCACCUGCGCGUCCUCGACCACCCCAACAUUGUGAAGCUGUACGAGCACUACGAAGACAAUGACCACAUCUACAUUGUCAUGGACUACUGCUGCGGCGGCGAGCUGCAGACCGCGGUCACGAAGAGCCGCGAGGCUCGCCAGGGCCUGCCCGAGGAGUUCGUGUCCGACGUGAUGCAGCAGACCUAG